AUGAUGUCGUCUGCCGCGAAGACGGGAAACGGCCCCAUGGUCAACUGUCUCACACGCAAAGCGGGGCUCAAGCUCGGGCCGAUCAUCCUCGAGACACUCGUCAAGCACUACUUCGACCGGAUUGCGAAGGACCACGAGUCGGAGGAGUCGACGCGGCUGAGGCAGGAAGAGUUGUUGUACGAUGAGGCGUUCAUCAUCAUCAAGUCAUCCAUGGAAGCCGCGACGAAGCACACGGUAGAAGAAUUGCAGGCCUUUUCGAACAUGCGCACUCCAAGCCCGCCAUGGGUCCAUGCUGUUCGCCUUCUGGUGCCUAUGUCAUGCUGCGACGAAGCUGCGACACAUCUGAUCAAAGCGCUGGGUGGCGAGGAGGUCACGAAGCACGUGGUGGGCGGUACGAAGUGGUGGCAGGUGCGCGGGGUCAAAGGGGUGGAUGCAGAGUGGAUGGUCGCGAAGAAGGAUUAUCAGGAAGCCAAGAAAAAGCAGAAAGCGUGUGGGACGAGCGGGCCCGAACCUCCCGAGAACGGUGACGCGAACGAGGAGAUGCCUUCACAGUAUCAGCCAGAGAUGGACGAGAUGCGCUGCGUCUUAUACGUGCACGGCGGUGGUUACUACUUCGGCAGCCUUGAUCAAGAGAGAUAUUCUAUUCAGCGGCUUGCUCGAAAGAUCAACGGACGCGUAUUUGCCAUCAACUACCGUCUGGCACCCCAAUACCCCUUCCCAUGCGCAAUACAAGACUUCAUUGCCGCUUACCUGUACCUAAUUCAACCUCCUCCCGGCGCGCUCCAUACCCCCGUUUCUCCUUCAAGCAUCGUGUUCGCCGGCGACUCUGCCGGAGGAGGACUGUGCAUCGCAGGGCUGCAGGUGAUCCGAGAUUCUGGUUUGCCCAUGCCCGCGGGUGCCGUUGUAAUAUCACCAUGGUGCGACCUAACCCAUUCGUUCCCCAGUAUACACCUGAACACCGCUACGGACAUCAUCCCUCCGUACGGCCUGUCGUUCCACAAGCCGAGCACACUGUGGCCUCCCCCUCCCGAUCACGUCACCACGCGAGUGCAUCAGGGGCUCCGGGUGCGUGUGCGCGAAGCCGUGCGCCCGAAAGGCAAGGGAAAAGAGGAUAGCAAUGAGGCGAAGCCCCGCGUCCCCUAUUCAGACCCUUCAACGCACCCUGGGGGGCUCCCAUCUCGGCCCCAAACGCCAGACUACACGCUUGACGACCCGUCCAUGGGACGCAAGCUGCACCCGGGCGCAGCGCAGUCUCUUCCUACCGCCGUCGCCCUGGACAGUGUGCGGAGCCAGAAGUUGGAGAUGACGACGGCGAAGGGCGAGAGGCUCGCGAUCGACGGGCAGGUGCACAUGUACACGCCGAACUAUUUGUUGACGCAUCCGUUGGUGAGCCCGGUUGUGAGCUACCUCGGUGGGCUGCCGCCGCUGCUCGUCAGUGCCGGGGAUAAGGAGGUGCUAAGAGAUGAGAUCAUCUACUUCGCGCACAAGGCUGCGCAUCCGGAGAAGUAUCCUGUGAAGCCCGAGUCAAAGUUGUUGUACCCCGCACUAGAGGGGAUCGAGCAGCGAUGCGGGCCGACUAAGGUUCACCUACAAGUCUACGACG